UGGAGCCAUGUGGGAGAUCACCCGCUCGCUCACCCUUACGCUGCUUCCUCCUACCGCUACGAUCUCCUCAUAUUUCUGUCGCCCCAACCUUCAUUUCCCCCCGAAUUACACAAAACCUUCCACCACUUUUCGCUGUCUUCCUUCAGCAGUUAAGGUUGCCAAUUUUGUCCCCACAAGUUGCGUAGCUCUCCGUCCGAAAUGCUCACCCGUAAGAGCCAGUGGCCAACCCCAACAGGUUUUGGUCCCGUGUUUUUGAGGAAAGGAGGAAAGGAGCAAUCUUAGAGAUAUAAGAUAUAACUAUUUAUCAUACAGGACCAAUAAAAAAUGAUAGAAAGGCUAUGCAAAAAUUUCACAUGACUCCUACUCUUAGCUUAAGCUGUGGAUGGGUGGGAGUGGAAGCAGAGGGACGAAUGGAUUGAGUUUGGUGCAACCCAUUUUGAGGUUUGCUGGGAACAAUCUUUUACCCUUGGCUCUGGUCUCUGCGGUGGGAUUAGGAUUAGCAUAUCCUAGUCUUGGUUGUGCUGCUGAUAAAUACAAUUUGUCAAAACUUGGGCCAUUUGGAAUUUUUAUUAUCUCAGGGUUGAUGUUGCGCAGUGAGGAAAUCAGUGCAGCUGUAGAAGCAUUCCCUGUUGGGCUGUUUGGGAUAGUAUCUAUUUUAUUUCUCACACCAUACUUUUCCCGGAUAAUAUUGCAAAUUCAGCUCCAACCCCAAGAAUUUAUUACAGGAUUGGCCAUGUUUAAUUGUAUGCCAACCACAUUAUCAAGUGGUGUUGCACUUACCCAGCUUGCUGGGGGAAAUUCUGCACUGGCUCUUGCAAUGACAGUAAUAUCUAAUAUGUUAGGGAUUUUCAUUGUUCCGUUGUCCCUCAAAAAAUUUGUAGCUGAUGGAGUUGGAAUGACCUUACCGACUCAACAGUUAUUUAAAAGUCUUGUGCUGACUAUAUUAAUCCCCCUUCUUUUGGGAAAGGUUCUACGUGAAUCUUUUAAAGAUGUGGCUGACUUCGUUGACAGAAACCGUAAGCUUUUCUCAGGAAUCAGUGCUCUUUUUCUUAGUCUAGUACCUUGGACUCAAGUUAGCAAGUCAAAGUCACUAUUAUUAACGGUGAAGCCUACAGUAUUUCUUGUGGCUAUUGGAUUGGGAACACUUCUUCAUCUGACCUUGCUGAUAUUCAAUAUUGUAGCUGUCUCGGCCCUUUCAGCUAUCUCUGGGGGUAGAAAAUCGACAUUUUCGCGCAAGGAAAAUGCCAGUGCACUCAUACUUGUUGCAAGCCAGAAAACAUUGCCUGUAAUGGUGGCAGUGAUACAGCCACUUGGUAAUGCAUUUGGAGAACCUGGGUUACUUGUUCUUCCUUGUGUUGCAGCACAUCUAAACCAGGUCGUCCUUUUUUCUUUCUCGUGUUCUGAAAAUAACGAUUCAAUUUUUCCCCAAAGUUGAAAACAUUUUAGGGAGAAUGCUAAUGCAUUUUUAGAGAAAGUAAGGAGUGCAGAGUUCCUGAACCCUAACGCCUAAACCCUGUAUCUUAAACUCUGAAUCUGAACCAUUUAUAUCAAAUAUAAUAAAGAGUGAAAAUUUGUUUAAUUGAUAAGGAGUGCAGCACUCCUUAGUUAGUGAGAAGCUACAUUUUAGUUAUCCUCAACAUUUCUAAAGGGUUUUGAUUUGACUCUUCCGUUAAAAGUUGUUAAUAAUCAAAGGUUGGUGGAAAAAAAAAAACGAACAAAAGACUAACUGGAUGAGAUUGGAACUUAGAACAAAUAUCUGAUGCCAUUAAGUAUGCUAUUCCUGGUUUUUUAUUAAUUCUUUUUUCUUCUUUUGGUUGUUUCUAAUUAUUCGUUCCAUCUCAUGCUAUACCCCCAAACUGCUUGCAGAUUAUACUGGACUCUUUUCUUGUUAACUUCUUGCGUCCCAAAAGACCGUUACAAUGAUACGAAGGUGGCCUAAACAAAUGAACUGGUAGCCAUCAUUAUGCAUUGGCAUAUUGUGAAGCACGUCAAGCUGCAUCUACAGAAAGCUUAAUUUAAAGGAAGUUUGAAUGCUUGCCCUUCCACUUUUCGCAGUUUUAGGAGUGACGAUGUUUAUGCUUGUUUCCAAAGGAUUUUCGUUAGUUAUACUCUGCUGUCUCAGUCUGAAAAUAAAUGUCGACUAUUCAAGUUUUAUGUACCAAAUCUCUAAUUUAUGUACCCAAUAAUUGUGUACUUAUAUCCAAUAUUGUGUCUCUAAUAAGCAUAGAAGGAGAUUUGUAAAAAAGAAUGGUUUUGAGGAUCA